AUGCCUGAAACGAGAUACGUAAAGACCAUCUACACUAUACUUUCAUAUUCGCUGACGGUCCCAGCACGGCACUACAGCUAUGAAUGUAAAGUGACCGCCCAAGAGCGGCCGUACACGUCUCGUCCAUCACGCACGCAGCAGUUAUUGAACCCCAAACUGCGGCCGCAACUCUCAGCUGAUGUCCCUAGUGACUCAUCACGCACGAAAGGACUAGCGACUGAGAUCCUUGCUAAGCGCGAGGAAGAACGAGGUCGCAAAAGAGAGCACGAUGAGGCAGAUCCUCUUGACAGUCGCACUCAGACCUCUAAACGAGCUCGGUCAGCAUCAUCACAUUCGGUCAGCUCGGUAUCAACGAUAUCGACUAGUCGAUCACACUCAAGAUCGCCCACUCGCCAUGCGGACUAUGGUGCACGAAAGGGCCAUGGUCGAACAAGGUCCAUCUCUUCCCAUGUUUCUGGACAAAGGAAGAGACGCUACAGCGAUGCGUCUUCUCAUGAUUCCGCGGUCUCUUACUCGUCCGGGGACAGAGACUCUCGUUCUCGAUCGCGUGAGUGGCAGGGUGACAGGAACACCCGGCGGAGGCGUCGAGAAUCCAGCCCUGAAGAGCGAGGCCGGCCUCGACACCUGUCACGGGAUCGUGAACGACGAGACAGGUCCCGAAGUCAGAGCGUGGAUCACAGCCGGAUUGCCAGGACGAGACGGUCUGCGACCCCAGAGAAGCGACCAGAGCGUGGCUAUCCUGCUUCAAGAGAUUAUAGGGAUGGUCCGAGUCAUUCGCAGAAAGACGGACGGGGCCAAGGACGCGCGCCGCCUCCGCCCCGUGAGAGGAGUCUCAGUCCUUACAGCAAGCGUCUUGCGUUGACGCAGUCCAUGAAUCUGGGCAACUAG